CGAAAUAUAUAGCAACAUCAUUUGAGCAUUUCGUUUUCCUCGCGAUGUUUCUAUUGUAUAACAGGUUCGUCUGACGUCGCGUGCCUUGUUGUGCCAGUUACACAGUGUAUGGAGCUCACGGAGAUCUGUCUAGCAAUUCUUUCAACAAUGGAUCCCCUACACGCGCAGCGAUUUGUCUGGCUGGUAUGCUCGCAUCAACGGGCAUUGUCCUGAAAUAUCUUAUUCUUGAUCAAGUUCUACAUGAACCGAAAGUGAUGCCAACUUAUAACCUUUACAUAGCUGCCUGCGUGUAACCGUAUGAAAUAACAUGCGGAUUGUACCAAAAAAAUGUUUCCGACAUGUCUUAUCUUGUGGGGAAAAUAUGAUCUCUUUGUUUAGUUGUAUACGUGUACCUACUGAGGAUACGAUUGAAACAGCCGAAUAAUUCAUUUGAUUUUGUUGAUAUUUCAACGAGGAAAUGUUUUUGAUUUCAUUCAAGGGCAAAAUGAAAAUAACAGGAUAUUCAAUUUAGGUGGAAUGUGUAGCAGUUAGAAUAACAAAGGUCUGAAACGUCUAAAGUCCGGAACAACACUUCAGCUGACAAAGUAGUGGGAUUACAAUGACCAGAAACAGCACCCAGGACAUCCUCACGACUUUCGACACACUGGACGGCCUGUACGCGUGGGAGGACAAGAAUUUUUCCAUUCAAGACUUUUGGCGUCUGCAAUCACAAGUAGAAUUCUCAAACAGCUGGUUCGGCUCUGUUGGCGUGUGUGUAAUUGUGGUCACCUUCUCCAUCAUUGGCUUGUUUGGUAUCUUAGGUAAUGCUGCAAUGUGCUACGUCAUCAUCCGGAAACGAAAUUCAAGAAAUUGGUACAUUCUGAACUUGUCAAUAUCGGAUAUAUUGACGUCAAUUUUGUGCAUUCCGUUCACCGUUGUGAAACUUGUCUUGAAACAUUGGCCACUUGGGAAAGUGUUAUGUAAAAUUGUGCCGAGUUUACAGACAAUAUAUGUGUUUGUAUCAACAUUUACCAUUGUUUUCAUAGCGGUCGAUAGAUAUAAAGCAAUAGUACAAUGUACACCGAAGGCCCGGACGCGCCCCAGGUAUAUUUUCAUCAUGGUGUGGAUGGUAUCCUUAGCUCUCGCUCUCCCAAUGUUCAUUUAUCAUGAUGUGGAAUCGGUUUGUAUAACCAAAGAUAUUGUUUUAUUUUCAUCGUGUUUGGAGAAAUGGAACUCUGACGUAGCACGGAGGGGCUAUGCUUUAUUAGUUCUUUGUAUUCAUUUUGUUUUUCCUAUAAUAGUUAUUGUCUCUCUACAUAUCCUUAUUUGUAGAUUUAUACGAACACACAUUGAAUCCAAACCGUCAUAUUCACGUGAACUACACCGAAGUCGAAGAAAUCUAUUACGACAAAGAAAGAAUAUCAUCCUUCUAACAUCCAUAACUGUUGUGUUUGCUCUGACGUGGCUCCCGCUAACCUUGAUCAACCUCUUAGCUGAUAUAAACUAUGAAUUGUUCACAGGCAUUGACUUUAACUGGUUAAUUGCUGUCUGUCAUAUACUAGCUAUGAGUUCAGUUUGUAUCAACCCGAUCAUCUAUGGUUGGUUUAACUCGAAUUACAGACGAGAAAUUAAAGCAAUGUUAUGCUGGAAACUUCGAGACAAAGAUUCUAAUAUCAUCAUGUUAAAUCGAUAUCGAGAAAGAAUAGAACUCUGUUUACAUGGAUAUACAUCUACUCGACAUAUGGAUAUUUGAACGGUACAGAUUUGAUGUGGGGAUAUCAACGACCCAAAUGUACGAUCUAUACUUUAAAUCAAACCAUUGAAGACCGAUUUUUCUAGUUCCUUGUUUCGUAUUCUUGUCACGACAAUUCUGGUUGCUACAACCUUAGAUUGUUUGGCUUUGGAUUUUUGGAUGUUUGUUUAUUUGUUUGUUUUGGGGAUGUUUAAAAGAAACACAGCAGACUGUUAAACUAUCGUCCUGGUGGGUUUAUAUUUCUGUGGAACAUCUUAAUUACAUUCAUAAUACUUCUUUAUUAUAAAUUACCCGGAUAUUAGAGAUCA